GUCACUCACACACUGAGAAAGCAUUCUUCAGCAAUCACAAACUUUCUAUUUCUAAACAUUUUGUUCACUGUUUUUCUCAGUCAUGCCUGAAAAUAACGUUGUCCAUCGAUUUCGGGAUUUGAUCCAGAGAAACCGCACAGGUGGAGAUGCAGACACAUUGCAUAUCACACAGAAACCCAGAGAUUAUUCUGUGCGACUCCCACCUUUACCUAAGCGAUGCACAGACUCUCCACAGAGAGUCCAGAGAAGGUGGAACUUAAGUCCCAUUUUGGAGGACCCUUUUUUGGAGGAGGAGGACCUUGAAAGAAAUCUGUGUAGCCUCAGCUCUGCAGACACACACACACCCAGUGAUCUGAGGGCCAUUCCUCUCAUUCAUAGUCCUGUUGAGAUGACACCGGUCACUCCAGUUCCUCCACCUCCUCAAGCAGCUUCACAAUUGCCUGUUUUCUCUACUAAACAUUCAGGAGCAGACACGAAGGUCAUUCGUGGAAUAAGAGUUGUGACAGCAAAAGACAAACUUGGGCCCAUUUUGGAAAAACUGCAGCAUUUCCAGGAUGGGAUUGUAACCUCACCUGGACACACAGUACCAACCAAAACCUUUGCUGCAGUAAAGCCUUUGUGUCCAACAGUUCCCAAAGCACAUAAACGAGGACCUCGGCCUGGGACGUUGCUGCGCCGUGCAAAAGUCGUCCCUAUAGACGACAAGAAAGCAGACAGUCAGUGCAGUCGGAAUAAUCCAAGAGAGGGCAGGGUCAAACUCCCACCUCUAGCUACACCUGUAGAGAGCCUGUCCCACAGCUUUAAUCUGCUGUCUUCAGACGACUGGAUAAAGAGAAGACAGGGGUUGCAAACUAUUCAGUCUCUGGCAAAGCACCACUCGGACAUCCUGAAGACUAAACUGCAUGAAGUGUGUCUGGUCCUCAUUGAGGAGGUGAAAAACCAACGCUCAGCAGUAGCCUGUGAGGCCAUACAUACCAUCGAUGAGCUCUACAUUCAGCUCCAGAAAACAAUGGACCCAGAAGUUGAAACAACAGGCCGAGUUCUAUUGCUGAAGCUUGCACAGACCAACAACAACUUUAUUCAUCAGGAGGUCAAACUGGCGCUUGAUGCCAUGGUGGAAAAUUGCAGCCAUGGACGGAUUCUGAGCGCUCUGUUUAACACAGGACUGAAGUAAGAGGAGAGAAGAGGAGAAGAGGAUGCUCAACACCUGCACCAGCUGGCUGACAAACUUGCAGCAGCCGUCAUCCUGAAAGCAGGAAGCUUCACUGAACGCUUUCUAAUUGCUGCCUCUAGAAUGGCAGGGGAUGCUGCACCUGAAGCCAGGUACCAUGGGCAAACAAUCAUCAAGAAACUGGCCCUUCACAAGGACUUUAUGAAUUUGUGGAUGAAGAUUGUCCCUGAAAAAGACAGGCGUCCUGUGGAGAAGAGCUUGAAAAAGGCUAAUAAUUACAGGCAGCAGGUCAGCAUCCAGACUAAGCUCUCCUCUCCAGCAGGACCUCGGAUCCCCAGAUGUGACAAUGCAAGUCCUGACGAGUACAGAGGAGAAGAGCAGCUGCUACAGUAGCAGCAGCACUCUGAGGCUAAGCUGGGGAAAUGGUUGGAGGUUCAACCAUCAUGACCACAGACAGUCCCAGUCGCUCUGCAGGAGUAAACUUCUCCAUCUUCAGGACUACAAACUAUUUCUCUGAAGGACAAUAUUAUUUAGAUUUACAUGAAUAUUAUUACAUUGUUAUUAUUAUUACAUUAUUAUUAACGCAUUUUUAAGAUCCUGAAUGAACAAUGGAAAAUGAAUCACUUUUUUUUCAUCUGAAUUAAAACGGCACUUUGGUUGGCACAUAUACAGUUUCUGUUUUUCUGUCAACAAAUAUCAAUACAUUCUUAGUUCUCUUGUUUUCAUUUUUAACCCAUGAUUUUGUAUUUUUAUCAGGAUUCAAAGUCAUUUUUAUAACAUAAAGAACUCUUAAAUAAAUAUUAAGAAUUAUUAUAGAAACAUUUUGAAAAGAAAUGAAAAUGAUUUGGUGGUAAACAGUUUUUUUCAACACAGAGGUUGUAAAAUGUUAGCUUCAGGGUCCAGCAGGUGUUUGUGCGGCCACUUAAUGACUUUGAAUCCUUGUGGUGGACUUUUCUUGGAGGAACCUGUCAUGGUCCUCAGUCUGAGGACUCUGUGUUUUGUGUUUCUUUAUAUUAUUCUAUGUUCUUGUUUAUUCUGUUUUGUCUUUUGUUUAGGUUUGCUAUGUGUUAGUGUUUUUGUUUCAUGCCUGCCUGUGUUCCCUCUGUCUGUCCAUGGUGUUACUGUGUCUGCUCAUGAGCCUGCCUGUCAAGUUCAGUGUCCUGUCUGGUUCUCUGUGUCUGUUAGUUUCCUGUUUUAUUCUGAAAGUUCAUGUCUCAUGUCAGUGUGUUCAGUUUUACCUCUCCCCUGUCUCGUUAGCCUAAUUUC